GUGUAAGGUUACCGUAAAUAGAAGCAUGAAGGCUGCUAAUUUAAAUUAAAAAAAUACGGAUAUUGUCGAGAGCGGAACCGGGAAUCAGAAAUAAGUGACCAGAAACGUUUAAAAUUAGUUGACAAACAAAUACUGCGCCCCGCGGGGGCGUCUGUUUCAAAACUGCUUUUGAUGUGUUCACGUAUUUCAAGAAGUCUUGUUUCUUUUUUUUUAAGGUUCAGUAAAUAGUAACUUGUCAGAAUUUUGUAGCCUACCGGUGAACAUUAUUUAUUCAGCAUGUUUUAGAUUUGUUUAAUUAAAAUUUCAACUAUUUUGAGUAAUCUAUUUAAAAUAAUAAACUUAGGUGCAUAAUAACUUUUUUUUUUGUAUAAAAUAUGUUCUUAUAAAUUUAUUAAUUGUUAAUAUUAAAAUGGAACAAGGGCCUGCUGUGGUACCGGAUAAACUGCCUUUUAACUAUAAUAUUGAUGAAAUACCGACUAUUUCUUCUGUAGAACAUGUGUCAUUUAAAAAGGAUUCUGACAAUGUUACAAUCGGAAUUGAGGAAGCCUCAGUUCAAGAUGAAAAUUCAAAAAUUUCUCAAAAAACUCUCUUACUUGCAGCUGCUCUAGUUGGUGAUGCCAAAAAUGGUCGAGAGUCAAACUUUCUUGAGAAUGAUCAAAGUGUGAGGCUUUAUGUGAUUUAUCAUCAUUGGGGUUUGAGCUAUAUGCUUUAUUUUUUUAUUAUUCUCCAUCAUUGUGUUGCUUUAUGUGAAAACCCAGCUGUUGACGGAUUUCAUUUACCUUAUUGGGUGACAAUGCUUAUAGAAUUUGCUUGUGCAUUAUUUUAUCUUUUUCGUCUGUUACAUUGUGCUUCAUUUCUACCUCUGGAAAUUUUCUGUCGUGAUAAAAAGAAUAUUUUAGUUCUCUCUGCUAUACUUUUAACAGCUAUUGAUAUGUGCUGUUACAUUGCAUUAAUCAAUUCUGGUCAUGGUAAUAUUGCCUACCGUUGGUCAAGACCUUUAAGACCUAUCUUCAUGGUUAAUUUCAGUGAAAGCAAACAGGUGCGAAGAGCAUUUCGAAAUAUUCGAAAAACACUUCCUGAUAUUUUAAAUGUUCUCAUUUUGUUUUUUCUGAGUAUAUCAUUGUUUUCCCUCAUGGCUCAGAAACUAUUUCAGAAAAGGAACUUAAAAUAUCCUGAUGGUCAACCUUAUUUUACCAAUUACCUUGAUAUAUACUUUAAACUAUAUGUUCUUGUUACAACAGCUAAUAAUCCUGACAUUAUGAUGCCAGCAUAUGAUUCCAACAGAUGGUUUGCAUUGUUUUUCAUCGCCUACCUUAUCAUUUGUCUUUACAUUUUUAUGAAUAUUUUCUUGGCUGUUGUUUAUAACAAUUAUCGAAAACAUUUAAAAAAUGAAGUUCAGAAGCUAGUUUACAUGAAAAGAAGAAGCUUGACUAGAGCUUUUAAUUUAUUAAAAAUUAAGAAGGGCAAUACUUCUAUGGUUGAUUUUAAGAGAUUUAAUGUUCUACUCAAAAUGAUUCCUCCCUUUCGUAGUACAAUGCUGGUCAAUAUUCUUUGGUAUGUGUUAGAUACCAAUGGUGAUAAUGCAAUUGAAAAAGCUGAUUUCCUUAAACUGGCUGAUUUAUUGAAUGUUGAGGUUACAGAGAUGAAAGACAGGCGUAGCAUAUUUGACUAUAUUGCUCCUGGUUGUUACCAAAGUAACAUUUCUCGGAUGUUCAGAUUGGCUGUUGCUCAUAGAUAUUUUCGCUAUUUGUUUGAUUUGAUGAUUCUUUUGAAUGCUUUUUUGAUUGCCUUUGAUAUAAGUGAUGCUGAAUGGUUCUUCUUAGGUCUUUUUACUGCUGAGAUUUUUGCAAAAAUGUAUACAUUUGGAGUUGUACAUUUUUUUCGUAGAUUUUGGAAUAUUUUUGACAUUUUAGUUAUUGGUGGUGCAAUAAUUGGAACUUCUAUUGAGAGUUUUAUGGAUGCAACUGCUGAUGAGAAAACACGAACGCUUGAUAUUUUGUUGGUCUUGAGAGUGCUCAGAUUAGUGAAAAUUAUUGGAGGAAUUCAACGAUUUCAAGUGAUUGUUACCACCAUACUCAAUUUGGGUCCAUCAAUUCUAACUUAUGGUGGAGUUUUGUUAGUUGUGUACUAUGUAUUUGCAAUUAUUGGAAUGGAGCUGUUUCAUAAUAAAAUAAACUAUUAUGGUUAUGAAAACAUCACAAAUUCCAAUCAUCUCUACUGUGGAAAUAAUUUAUUAAAGGGAUCUGUUUUUUAUCAAAGUCAAUACUGCAGCAACAAUUUCAACAACAUUUUAAAUACAUUUGUAGUUUUAUUUGAGCUUAUGGUUGUCAAUCAAUGGCAUAUUAUUACGAAUGGAUUUGUGCUUGUAACUAGUAAAGCAGCCAGAAUUUAUUUCUUUAUUUUUCAUCUCACAUGUGUCAUUAUUGUUCUCAAUAUUUUCACUGCAUUUGUUCUUGAAGCAUUUAUUUUAGAAUACUCAUUUUGUAAAAGCAAGUUGGAAAGUGAUAUGGAAAAGAAGAUUAUAGAAAUGGGUCUCCAACUUGGAAGACGAACAGUAAAAUCUGCAAAGAGUACUGAUAAAGAGGAUUUAGUCAUAGAUUCAGAGGAUAUAGUUGAAUCCGUUGAGGAGGAGCGAAAGACAUCUCUCUAUCCGGAUUUAUCUGAGGAAACUGGAAUAAGAUUCCAUCUUUCAAAAAGUAAAAAUGUAGAAAACUUGCUUCAAAGAAUGUUUGAAAAUGAACUUGAUGUAAAUGAUAUAGGACCGGACGAAAUGUAGAAGAUACUCUUUAUUUAUAAUUAUCUCUAUAUACUUGCUUAGCCAAUUCACAACACAAGCUCAAGUAUCUAAUUAGAGAUAAACAAAAGCUGUAUGAAUCAGUGUUCUAUAUAUGAUCUAAUAGCAAAUUCCAAAGCAAUUAUAGUCAGAUAUUUCAGAAUAAACAUGUAUCUAGGGACAAUAUUCUGAAAAGCGAUUGUAAAGUUCGCAGCAUCGGCGUAUAAACUUUGUAGUAUAUUUUUAAAUCUUUGAAAGAAAUUAAUGAACCAAUAUUUUGGGAUAAAAAUUAUGUUUGCUAACUGUUUCUGGAUAGUCAUUUAUGUUAACUGAAGUUCAUUGAUGAUAGUUGAACCAAUCAUUAAAAUUGAUCAUGGAAGUAAGAUCUUUAUUUAGAAAAGCAACAGCAUUUUCACCCAUAUUAUUUCUCUUUGAGAGCCAUUAUUUUGUAAUUCAACAUUUUAGAUUUAAGUUUCAAGCACAUAUUUCAUGAAGAGGUUGAUUAAUCUACAUUUCAAUCUGUAAUAAUACACCAGACAGUUAAUAAACUAAUGCUGAGGAAUACCCUUGCUAAGUUUUUCUACAAUGAUAUAUACCAAUAACUUGGUAUUCUUGUACCUGGAAACAUCAUUUUACUGUUAGAAUUGCCACGAAUUACUUUUAAGUGUGGCUAAUCAUUGUAUGAAGUGCUAAUAAAUACAGACUUUUUAGAAUUGCAAGCAUUCAAUUUUACUUUAGAAAAUGCAUGUCUAAAUGAACUUUUAUUUUGACAGUUUAUACCCACAUAUACAAGACAUUCUGUAAUCACUAGUACUAAAAUGUUGUUUUUAUGAAUUCUAAUUUUUUACAUUGCUUGUUUCAAAACUCAGUAUAGAAAAAAUCGAUAAGUGUUGCAUGAGAAGUAUUUUUCACUUGGGAAAUUAAAUUUCCGAACAUUAAUAAAAAAUUUCAAUUUCAGGAAGAGCAUAAAAACGUUAACCAAAUUAACAUAAAUAAAAUUCUACCAAAUUUUAUUUCAAAUGUCUGUUUUUCUUUCUGCUUUGCUUUCUAAUUUUCUGCAUUGGUUCAUUUUAAAUGUUACUGUUGUGAUAUAUAGAUAUAUAUUCUUGUAUAAAAUGAGCAAAUCAACAUAAUCUUGCACAUUCAAUUCUUUUUAAAUAUUUUAUCGAGAUUGUAAACGUAGAAAUUUUUUUUAUCAAUUUUGUCAUAAGAAUUAAAGUAAUUUUCUUAAUAUAAUUUAUUCAACACAUCUUACACAUAUAAUCAUUCAUUAUAAUAUGUAAUUUAUUCAAACAUGCUAUGAACAUAAAAUUCUGAAAUUUUUUUGCAGUGGUUUUUUUUAAUUUAAAAAUGUAUCAAAAUUGUAGUUGUUAGGAAAAUUGACUCUUACUAUUCUGCAGCGUGUUAAGAUUUGAACAAAAGGACCAGGUUAGCUUUUUCCUUUACACAAUAUAUUAAUUACUAUUUUAUGAAAUUGUUAAAUAAAAAAAUUUUUCUUUUAUAAACCUUAAAAAGCUUACAGCUGCCUCUCUGUUGAUGAUUCACCUUUUCCAUUAAAACAUAUUUGCUGGCUUAAAUUAUUCUGAGAUUUAUAUAUUUGCUUUGAAGAUCAAUUAAAGCAUUAUCCCCUAGUGACAAAAAUGAACUUAUUUUCUUCAGAUAGCAGAAAAUUUUGUUUUGUUAAUGUUGUUGCACAUCAGUAUAGAUAAGUAAAACUAUCGUUCAUCCCUUUCUGAUAAAAAAUUGUAUUAUUAAUGUUUCCAGCUCUGAAAACCAAAAAAUAUUUCCAAUAAUUUGAAGAUUAUAAUUUGAAGUCCUCUCAAUAUCAAGCUAGCUGUAGGAAGUUUUCAUUGAUUUUCUCUCCCUUUUAUGCAAAUACAUUAGGUUUUACUCACAAAAGUAAUACUGUCCAAAUAUUUAAUCUCUAGUCUUUUGGGUUGGUUUCAAACAUUAUGAAGUUAAGAGUUGAAAGCUACGCAAAUGAUUUUCUUUCCAAAGCAUCAAAAUCCAGUGAUAUGAUCAAAAAUUAUUUAGCAGUGGUUUCUUUUUUUUUUUUGCUGACUAUAUUAGUGAUUUUACACUUUAUUUACAUUCCAUGUUUGUUUGUUUCAUCGAUAUAUAAAAAUUUUCAGAAUAUAUUCUAUAUAUAUAUAUAAUCUUUUUUAUUUUAUGACUUUUUGUUCCAUGUCUAAUUUAUACUGAUGUAGAAGAUAUAUUUUCUAAAAUUGAUAAAAAAUAUUUGUCUAUAUAUUCUAUGAAUUUUUUAAAAUAUCUGUUAUUAAAACUAUUUUUCUAUAAAGUUUAGAAUGUUGGUUCUGAAAUUGUAAUUACUUUAUUCAUAUGUGUUACUUGCAAAUAGUUUUAUAUUCACUAUAUAUAUCUUUAUUAUUUUAUGACUUCUUGUUCAAUGUCUAAUUUAUACUGAUGUAGAAGAUAUAUUUUCUAAAAAAUAUUUGUCUAUUUAUUUUAUGAAUUUUUUAAAAUACCUGUUUUUAAAACUAUUUUUCUAUAAAGUUUAGAAUGUUGGUUCUGAAAUUGUAAUUACUUUAUUCAUAUGUGUUACUUGCAAAUUGUUUUAUAUUCUCUAUAUUUAUACAUCUUGUACUUAUGAGUUUCUUAUACACUAGUAGAAGAGUAUUGAUAAUUUGUGAAAUAAAUAUUUUUUAUUGA